UGUGUUCUUUCAAGACUGAUGUGAGCAAAGCUCCUUCGUACAUUUGCCGUCCGUGCGUGGAUGAACAUACUUGUUGCUUUCGCCAUCCUGCGUUCAUCCGAAGAUGCAACGACUUGACUGAAGCUAACCCCAAAACGUCCUCGUUUGCACCAGAGGACGAAAGAAGUUGCAACUGAAAGGGGAGGAGGAGAUUCUCCCGGGACAGCAUCUGGUAGCAGGCCACCUGGUUUACAAAACCAAAAAAAGCCCUUAAAACAACGCAAGAAGGCCGAACAAAAUGGGGAAGAGAGGAAAUAACAGCAAGAAACGCCGGCGUACAUCUGCCGAAGGUGGAAAAGGGCCAAAGAGAAAAUUCCCCGUUGACAAAGCGGAAGACGACAAUGCAAAAGAGGAUGGAGGCGUUCCAGCAUGGGACCACCUUCAAGAUGAGCUGAUCCUCAGGAUCUUCUUCCUCCUCCCUUUGCGGGACCUCGUCAGGACAUCGGUCGCUUGCAGACGCUGGCAUCGUUUGGCGUUUGAUGAAUCGCUGUGGCACAGUGUGGACUUGCAGGGGGUGAUCAAUACGGGUCUAGCGCUGGAGCAGGUGCUGAAGACGGGUGUGCGCAGGUUAAGCUUCCCUGGCGUGCACAUAGACAACAGAUACUUAAGGAACAUGUGCAGACUGAAGAUUACUGAAAUGGACCUGUCCAUGACCGAAAUCAAGACAACCACCCUUGAGAGGAUCAUCGGUUGCUGUACUCGUUUGGAGUGUCUCAGUCUGUCUGGCAUGAAGCUCUCCUGCGCAAUUCUCCUAGGUCUGUCCUAUAAUCGGCACCUACGGCAGCUCAACCUGAGUGGAUGCUACGGCUUCACUGCGCCCUCCCUCGCUCGCAUGUUACGAUCUUGCUCCAGAAUACAACAUUUGAACAUGUCAGGCUGCCGCUUCAACCGUCACAUCGUGAAAAGCAUAUUCAAUAAUGUGAGCUCCACUGUUACAGCCCUCGACCUCAGUGGAAAAUAUUGCUACUCCUCGCUAGAUGAUUUGAAAGCCUUUGUGAAGAGAUGUCCUGAUGUUUGCAUGCUACAUUUCAAUAACUGGAGAAUUACCAUGGGGUUCUUGGCCGUGCUCUCCAAGCUCAAAGAUCUGGUGCACCUGUCCCUGAACGGCUGCCUUGGCCUUGACCUUGCCGCCAUCACUGACAUCAAAAAGACAUUCCCCUCGCUGAAGUACUUAAGGGUGAUCCCUGCUGCACAUAUCAGAGAGAUGUCCUCCUUGGAGGAGGCAAACCCCAGCGUUUGCGUCAACCUCUUCCCUUCAUUUGUCAUCGCCUCCCCCAAGCAGCCACGCGAAAGUGUUGGCGACCUCAGGAUGUGGGACAGAACAAUUCGAUUGAGGUUCACAUCAAGGCCUCUCGCCCGAAUAUGGCUGGGAUAGGCUCCAGCACGCCCGCGAGAGAAGCCAUUCAGGAAAUGGAUGGAUGGAAAUUGCUUCUCUAGAAAUUUAGACUUUACGCCGAUCUGAUCGCUUUGAUCGGUCUCCGCCGAUAAUUAACAUUUUAUGCUGAUCGGAAGUUUUUGUCAGGGGGAAAAAAAAUUUGCGGGUAAGUUUUUUGCAGUCUGCAAAACUGCAGUACAUGGUCGGGAACGUCAUCUAAAUGCUUCGACACAACAAAUUAGAAGGAGCGUGGAGAAGAGUAAGCAUGAAGCAUCGCAAUAUGCUUCAAGCUCAAGAUGAUUCUCUCUUCAUGUAACACAAUAUUUGAUCAUUGUUCCGUUGGGAGUAUCGUAGAACAUGUUUAGUCAUUGUUGUUCAUUUGGUUCUUUCAGGUCAUUGUGUGACAGUUUACUGACGAUCCAACGAAGGCAGGUCUUAUAUGAUAUGUCAUCACAUAUAUCAAACUGGGUAUUAACAGGUGUACUGGCAUUGUCAAUGUUUUGUUUUUGCUCACAAGGUGCCAGCCUUGCUUUGCAGUCAGACCUGCCAAAUCUUUCCGGUAUUUUUGUGCUCCCCUUGUUCUGUGAAAAGUCAAUACCAAGUAAAUGUUUUGAGCAUGCAAAUAUUAACAUCCAUCUGAUGUGUAAUAUAUCAUAUUGAGCUGCCACUUGCAUCAAAGUACGUACAGAUGUCAUGUUUACAGUUGGGACAAUGUCUCCCUUGUAAUCUCUUCCUUCCACCUGAUUGUAGCCUUUUGCCACAUGUCUCAUCUGGUUUUUCUUUGAUUGUGUGAACCCACCUGCCGCCCACUGUAUGGUUACGCUCUGGCAGUGUGGGCAGUAGUUUCCUGAAGGGAAUCCAUUUCAUCCUUCAUAGCCUGAGCCCAAAUGUUUGACCUUGGCGACUGCAUGGCUGCACUGUCGACUUUUUUGUUGGUCCGCUCAUGGUUGAAGGGUUCAGAGCAAGUCAAAUGUAUCACUACCUACUGCGCUACCUGGUGGAACCACUGGGCAUUACAGGAGAAGGUCAAAUGAAUGCCGCCAUGAUUUGGGCAAUUCUGUACCAAUCUUUGGCGGGCCGGAUGUGGCCCGAAUCCCAUCUUUUGCUUCUGGUUCUAUAGGGCCAGCCAAAUCUGUGUGCACGAACUUGAAUGUGGCCUUGGCGCUCAUCGGGCUCCCUGUUGACCAAAGGUGCCCUUUGGUAAAUCUAAUCUACACUGUGACGCUUGCACAAUCUUACCCUUAAUUUUCAUUCCCUUUGUCACACGCUCAAGCUUUGACACAUCCUCGUAAUUACAAUGACCCAGAAUUUCGUGCCAUGUUUGAAUAUCUAAAGUUUAUGACGUAGAUACAGUCGACAAGAUGAUUUUUUCACCGUGUCCACCGAUUGGGAGGCCCUCGCCCAGGAAACCGACCACGUCCCAUCAUUGCAAAGCUUGAACACUUACAUGAGCAAAAAGUGUUUGUAAAAUCCAAAGGUCGGGAACGACCAGUUCCCCAAGGAAAUCAACGAGAGGCAUCAAAUUUUGUACCCGUUGAUGAGGAUUACCGCGACAAAAGGCAAACGAGCGUGGUUACGGCCAACUGUUUGAUGUUCCCUACUGUUUGGUGUGAUCUAUCCGAAUGUCGUGACUUUGCAGUACCGAAAUAUAGCGUCUCUUAUCACCCUCUAAAUAACCUUCGUCAAAACUGUCAAAGAAAACUAAGAAAGCAUGGUACCAAAUCAAUUUAAAAUUAUGAUUAUCUAUUUAAAUCUAAAUUUACAUUAAAUUCAAUGUGAUUAUCUAUUUAAAAUCACGAUUAUGAUUGUGAUAUGUCACACUUAACAUUCGAUCACAGGCAAAGAGAAUUAAGAUGAUGGGUUAUACCAAUAAACCUAUUACAAGAAACGCACCUUAAUAUGGCAAUGCCUCUAAUUUCAUUCAGGUUACGUCUGCCUUCUAUAACUGUAGACAAAGAGGAGUCUCAAUACUAGUCCAUAAAAGACGAUACUUUUUACAAUAAAUAGUACAGCAGCAGAUCCAGAAGGCCGAUAGAUAAUGAUGCAGGCUGCAAUAUUUAACAAGCUUUACACAAUUGUCAAUGUAUAAUACGCUCCAAAUAACGAUGAUCCAGCCUUUUUCCACAUGCUCUUUUCACACUUGUUAAACUUGUCAGCCAAUUCUACAAUUAUUAUGGGAGGUGAUUGUAACCAUACGCUAAAUCCCCGAAUAGAUCGCUCACGUCUCAAAAAUAGCAAUCAGCCACAAUGCUGGGGGUGUGGCAUUGGGUCCCCGCGGCCCGCCCCCGGGUCCCUCGGCGUGGGACGCGUCCCGUCCGCCGGGCUCCUCUCGGGCGGACCCCUGGUCCCGAUCCCGCCCCUCGAUUGAUCGGGCGGGGUCCUCGGCCACAGCCAUUACAGGACACAUCUGUCAGUCUUUGUGCAUGCGAAACGGUGUCAAUUCACUUGCAUGUAUCCGCAGACGCGCACCCCAGGGGCUCUUUUCACUGGGGGUGGGGCCACGCACUUAUUGCGACAAAUAACUCAUGAAUAUGCAAAUCACUUGUGUAUACCCUCACUUAUACGCUCGCCCGCUAGACUUUUGUAAUUUACAUAAUUAACCCCACCACACUUCAGUUGUACAGCCGGGUUCGCGACUCCGGUCCUGCAUGCUUCUUCUCCCGUCCUUGUCCUGUUCUAUCUUGUGCGUGUACCCUUUGACCUCCCGCGCGGCGCACACCUGCAGCGCCAUGUCGUCCGAGGGGCGCCACACCUGCUGCUACUUCGCCUACGGCGCGCUCAGCCUCUACAGCCUGGGCGAGACUGCGGGCACGCCGCAAUGCUUCUCAGCAGCGACUCUAUAGAACGCGUCGACUGUUUCGGGGCGGGAUCGGAGGUGCGACAGUCGGUUGCUUGGUUUUAGUAACCAAACAAGUUUGGAUCGUGAUGAUCAUGUUUUGAGCCAAUAACGCCUUCUUGCCACGUCAUGUUACACCCUGAACUGGUUGCCAGCCAAUCUUAAAUACUCAUAAGGAUGAGAAAACCUGGUUUUACAAAGGUUCCCGCUUGGGGCUGACUUGGUUUCUUACUACUUGACUUAUUCCAUUUGCAUGCAGCCUAAGAGCUAAAUCCUGUUUGCAUUGGACUCUCUGCUCCAUUAUCUGAUCUGAUCUGAGACUGCAGAUCUCAGAGCCCUACUGGCUCUAUAUUCCACGAGCUUUUGUUUCAUAUAUUCAGGACCUACAGUGUAAACCAUGAAAUGAUUUACAGACCAGUAGCAGAACUUUCAAGUCUAUUCUAGAGCUGACUGGGAGCCAGACUUUCAAGUUGGGGUUUCAGCUGCUGAACUGUUUUGAGCGCCGAAUGUCUCCCGAUGACGCGCUGCCCCACAAAGAAACAACCUUGUAUCAGGUUUUGAGGCUCCACAUACAUUAUCUUUUUUUAAUGAACCGCAAAAACAUGGCGCAAUUGUCAAGAAAAGAGGCGAGAGAGUGACUUCUGGCAAUGGCCGAUCGCCCCGUUCGCUGACUCCACUCGUGCGUUUCGGUGACAGAGACUCUCCACGAUGCGCUUCCGUAGAUAGGAAAUGAUCAAUAGAAUAAAGUGUUGCAGUGAAAAUCGAUUUGUAUUUGACUGUAUUGGUACGGCUUUCGCUGGGCGUCACCGACAUUGCAAAUCUGCAAAUGUCUUUUUAAAAUUGUUGAUGAAAGCUUGUGCACUUUUGAUUGGCUUUGACGUCUUUGAUGUUGCGAUCAAAAGUUCGGGCGGUUGUGGGUCAAACGCACUUUGUGUGUUGUGUGGUAAAAGUCAAACAUGCAGUAUAUAUUUUGAAGUGCCUGCAGAGCUUUGUCUUAAAUUGCACAAAUAUCCCCCCCCCCCCACCCCCAAAAAAUUGCUGUUCAUUU